AUGUCAAUCACAGUCCAUAAAGCCAACAAUAUUUUCUUACCUUCAUACAGAGGUAGGCUAACCGAAGGAAUAACCUAUAACCCGAAGAAUAACACUUUACUUUGGGUAGAUAUCAUUGUAGGCGAAGUUCAUAGAGUCUCCUUAUCUGAUCCAACAGAAGCCACUCAUGAAGUAUUGAGGUUCACCAGUAAGGACGAUGAAAAGUACGAAGAAUCUAUUGGAGCCAUUGCCUUAACGAAGGACAACGAUAAGUUGCUUUUAUGCUGUAAGUACGGCAUAGCCAUCGGUAGUUUUGUUACCCAGGAAACAUCGUACAUUCUCAAGUAUCCUGGAGAUUUAACUAAAUACAGAUCAAACGACGGAAUCGUCGACCCAUGGGGAAACCUCUGGAUAGGUACAAUGUCGGACUUCUACGUUGGUGGUGUAGAAACAGAGGGAAAAUUGUUCCAUAUUGAUUCUCAGACGUUGAAGGUCACGACGAUGCUCACGAAUUGUCAAAUUCCUAAUGGGUUAGCAUUCAGUAAGGACGGGAAAUCAUUUUUCUGGACCGAUCUGAAAACGUUCAUUAUUCUGAAAUUUGACUAUGACCAUGAAACCAACACCUUGAGCAACAAACGAGAAUUCGUCAAUACAAGAAAAAAUGCAGUUUCUUCAAUUUUGGAAGGAAUAAGCUCACCUGAACCAGAUGGGUUUACAAUGACUGACGAUGAAGAGAUCUACGGUGCAAUUUUCUCAGCGUCAAAGGUGGUACACUAUGGUCCAGCUGGAGGAGACGAUGUUUUAGAAGUAUUUGAAUUACCAGCUGCUAGUAUCACCAGUUGUAUAAUUGCAGGCAAUGAUACGUUGUACAUUACUUCUGCACAGACACAUUUGGAUGAUGCUAGCAAGUGUCUCCCUGCAAGUAAUAAAGAGGGAGAUUUAGGAGGCUUUUUGUUUAAAGUUAAACUACAAAAGCCAGUGAAGGCACAAGUCAAGAAUAUCUGGCAGGGCCAAGUCUGA